CGCGAUGUUUGAAAGUCGUCGGUGAUGAGUGCCGACUGGUCAGACUUUAAUACUUGUGUUUAUGACAUGAAUUUGAAACUUCCAACAUAAUAACUUAUGGAUGUCCAAACUGGCCACUGUGAGUGGGUUGCUUCGUCUAAUACAAAUACAUCUACGGAAGGACUCAUUAGCUCUAUUGCUAACCUAAGUUUCGAAGAAACCCGUUUGCUUUGGGGAAACGGUUAUGCUACUGUGUCUACUCAAGAUGCUCUUGGGAACCGCCCACCAUUCGGUUCAACACCAUGGGAUAUGUCUUCAAACCAUACCAUUUCAAAUUCCAUACCAAUGGUUCGCGGUCGGCGCGACAAACCCAACAGUACAAUCCCAGAACCUAAUCUGAGUGAUGGGAGUAUUUUGAUGUCUCCUGGAUCUAAGGAUAUGGUGGCUUUGGGGAUGCAGAUGGCAGACCACGUUUUAAGUAACUCACCAGGAAAUAAUGCUCAGUUCUUGAGAGACAUUUCUGAAAACUUGUCAACCGCCUUUCCUCAUCGUCCAGCACCUAAUUCACUCAAUGGGUCCCAAUCUGUUGCAUUAAAUUCUUAUCAAUAUGAUUCAAACGUAAGAUCAAUCCUUCCAAAUGAGUCAGAUGCUUUGCAUCAAAAUCAACCUCUUCAGUCUGGAGCUAAUGGAUUGAUUUCAAAUUGCUUUAAUCCAGCUCAAUAUUAUAUGCGUCCACCCUCAGCUGCAACACAGUCUUUACAACAAGUACCUUAUUCGAUUAUACCUAAUAGAUCAUCGGAAUAUGUGCAUGUAAAAAGCUUUACCUCAGAAGCAAUUAGUUGCGAACCUUGCAAUUCCAUUCAAGCUGAAAACUUAGUACCAUAUUUCAUCAACGUUCCAGCAAAUACAGAUCCUUCAGCGUCCAACAUACCUGCAGAGUCUUUCAGUAUGUUUACUGGCUCCCAUUUACAUCGAGAUCAAAAUCCAGCAAGCCAAUCUGAUAAUACAACCCACUUAGUUCCUAUAAUUCCCCAAACAAAUCGCAUCAGUAGUUUACAUCCUAUGAAGUAUGAUUCCACAAACGCUAACGAGGAGCAUAAAAACCAAUCAUUUAAUCCUUACUUAGGUGGUGCAUUUUCUGGUGUAAAUCAAUUAAACACAUGCUUAGAUUUUAAUAGUGAAUUUAUGACAAACCCUUCGUUUAUAAGUCAUGUUUCUUUAGCUUGUAGUGAAGGCUACCUACCAACAUUUAUUCGGUCUAAUGGGCCGCCCUCACAGGACAUAAAUAAUUUUGGAGGUUGCUCAAGCUAUCCUUCUGUAAAUCAAGAUUUUUAUAUGCAUGGACCUUAUAAUAAUCUCGGAAGCAACAGGACGGUGGAACAUGCAUCAUCUGAGCAUACAACUAACGGACUAGUUACAAAUUCUCCUUAUGGUCCCGUACAAUAUGGGCCACAAAAGUUUCCGCACACUGUCUACCCUAGAGGUGUAUCUCCAGCUCCAGGUGACCAACUGAAUAUACAGGUAUCUAAUUGUGCUGGUGUAAACAACUAUCCAAUGCAUCCAGCUGAUACUAUGGUAAACACGUUGGUGGGGCCGCAAUUUCUCGGACCAUCAGCGAAUGGUCAUGCACAAAAUGGGGCUGGUUUUCAAAAUUUACCUGCCAGCGGUUUAUAUCAAUCUCUUAUUCAAUCUAAAGAUCCUUCUAUACAUAUUCAGGCUCAAGCUGUUCAACCUGUUUCAAACGACCAACAACAACAAUCUGCAGCCUUAUUCGCACACACUCUUCAGUUGUUUGCAGCUGCCGCUGCUAGGAAUAUGGGUUCUGGAACACACGAUCUUCAUGUAUCUGGUGUUGGGUCAAGUAACAGUGGAUCUGUAUUAAAUUCUGUUGAUUUUGAGUGUUUAAGGCCCCCAGGUGUAAGUGCAGAAGUUUCACUUACUGCACCCAUUCUACCAGAUCAUUUGCAGGCGUAUGCGAGUAAUUCUUGUGUUCCUGUAAAUGCAAUGGAAAGUUCGGGUCCCCGUCAUCCCCAUUCCACCUUGGAUUUUAAGUCAAUGUGCUCAACGGUUCCUGCUCCUUUCCCACCUAACUCAUCAUCCAUUCACUCACAAAAUAUUUUUCCACAAACUGAUGUAAUUACUCAGGAGUUUCAGCAUGCUGGUUUAGGUUAUACCGGGUUGUCACCUAUGAAUUCCAUGGGUGAUCGUUUUCUUCGACCUUCCAAUACUUUCACAAGACCCACACCACCAUUGUCUUCCAAUCGUAUGCCUUAUAUUCCUGUGAGUGUUACAGACUCUCAAUCACCUCCUAGAACUCCGACUACAAUAAUUGGCCCAAGAAUUAGUGUGCCACCAGUCCCACCGAGACCUCAAAUAGCUACUUCAACUAUGUAUACUUGUCAAAAUAAUGGUCCACCUCCUUUUUCUUCCAUGCAUACACCACGCUUUCCUUCACGCGGCCCAACUAGUUAUCCACAACUAAAUUUGACACUCAUGCCUCCACCUCUUCCUCCUUACCCUCAUCAUAUUCAUCAACCACCGCCUGUUCUUCCACCACCUGGAUUUCUACCACCAGCUCAUUCCUAUCGCCCUCCUGGAACCAGUAGCUCUUCUGUCCCACUUAAUAAUACAUCACCUUCAGGAAACAAGCCUGUUAAUAACAGAGUUCCAAAAGAUCACAAUCACUGUACAACACUGCAUCAACCUAACACCCCUGUGUCUGUGAUGACACUCACGUUUGCAGCUGCUCAGCAACAAAGCUCAGGAGUAAAUCCUACUUUCGGGAUAAGGCAUUCAUCAUCCAACCAAACUUCUCAUUUUCCACCUCCGUACUAUGGUUUUUCUACUGAUUCAACUGCAACUCCCACUUUCCAACCAAAUUCUUCGUACCUUAGUCAUUCUAACCCACCGUUACACAUUAAUAAUAUGCCGCAUUUAAGACCGACUAAUGAUGCUGCUCCAGAGCGUAGUCGUUUAUUGGAAGAGUUUCGUAAUUCUCGAUUGCCUUGUUUAACAUUGCAUGAUUUAAUGAAUCAUAUCGUGGAAUUUGCUCAAGAUCAGUAUGGUUCACGUUUUAUUCAACAGAAAUUAGAACAAGCUAGUGUUGUAGAUAAAACUAGUGUGUUUCGUGAAAUUCUUCCUUAUGCAUACAAUCUAAUGAUCGAUGUAUUUGGAAAUUAUGUAAUACAGAAAUUUUUCGAAUUGGGAACACCAGAGCAAAAACAAAUACUAGCUCAGAGGAUACGUGGACAAGUUUUGUCAUUGUCCCUUCAGAUGUAUGGUUGUCGUGUCAUACAAAAAGCUGUUGAGUCUGUCCCAUUGGAAAUGCAAAUAUCAAUCGUUAAGGAACUGGAUGGAUGUGUGAUCAAAUGUGUGAAAGAUCAAAAUGGAAACCAUGUUGUACAGAAAUGCGUGGAAAAUGUCCCUCCAGAACACUUACAGUUUAUUGUAGACGCUUUUAAGGAUCAUGUAUAUUCGAUAUCUACUCAUUCGUAUGGUUGUCGUGUUAUUCAACGUAUUUUAGAGCACUGUACACCUGAACAAACUACUCCAAUUCUCUCUGAGUUACACCAACACACUGAUGCGCUUGUUAAAGAUCAGUAUGGAAAUUAUGUGAUUCAAGUAGGUGGUGAAAAUUUUGUUCUUAAUAUGAUAUACUGCUUCUUGUUUAUGAAGUUAUAUGAUGUAAUUAAGAACAUUGAUUUGUCGUAUACUCUUUUGGCACUUCUGAGAUUUUCUAUAAUAUUCACAGUAGUUUUGUCUUAUUAGUAAACAAGUAUCUACUUUUUAUUGAAUUUCCAUAAUUGGAAUAUAUUUAUAAUAGAACCUAUCUAAAAGUUUCACAUCUUAAUUGAGCAAAGCAAACACAAUCGAAUUUCUAGAAUUAUGCGAUUUAGCUUAUACAGAUUAUUGACAUUUCUAAAGGAGAACGCCUAAUACAUAUCUUAUUGUAAAUUCAUCUUUAUUUUCACACAUACCUAAUUUUAAGUACAAUAUUCUUUCUUUUUAGCAUGUUCUUGAACACGGAAAAACCGAAGAUAAGAGCCGAAUUGUAGAACACAUCAAAGGUCGUGUAGCUAAGCUGAGUGUGCACAAGUUUGCUAGUAAUGUUGUAGAAAAAGCUGUUGCGAACGCUUCACGAGUUGAACGUCAAUCCCUUAUCAAUGAAAUACUUGAAGAAACUAUGUUAACUGAAAAUCAAAUUGUACAAAAUGGACAAAAUCAAUCUAGGGAAUUUCGGGUGGAUGAUAGUUUUAGUGAGAAUGAUGAUGACGAUGAUGAUGAACCCAGAACGAGAAGUUCAGUUUUAGUUAUGAUGAUGAAAGAUCAGUUUGCUAAUUAUGUUAUCCAGAAAAUGUUAGAUGUUGCUGAACAACCGAUAAGGAAAGAGCUUAUGAUUCAAAUUCGUCCACAUUUAGGUAUUUUACGUAAAUAUACUUACGGUAAACAUAUCAUUAAUAAAAUGGAAAAAUACUACAUGAAGACAAAUCAGCUACACUUGGCCGUUGGAUUAAAUUCUCCGUCACCACCUCCAUCUGUAGAUAUUGUAAACGCUUCUUCAAACAUCACUCAAUCGAAUUUAAAUUCAGCGAUUCGUAGUUGUGGGAGUACACAUAGCAGUUCGGCUGCAUCAAUCCUUCCACCACUGUUAACUCCAACAGAUAUGGCUAUUCGAGCUUCGAAGUCAAUUUCAGUGAAUCGAUCCAGUCAUUCACACCAUUGUUAUUCUAAUCAUAUCUCUCACCAUCCUCAGUCGUAUUUAUCUUCAUUUUCGCGUAAUGGUUUACCAUCACAUCGGAUAAAACAUAGAGAGUCUAAUAAUAGUAACUCAAAUUCUCAGAAAGCUACAAAUGAGGAAAUACAAAGCAGUUCUACACUUAUGUCUGAUAGUACGAGUUCCUCCAAAGAGACGUUGGAAGUGCAUAGAAGUUUUGAUGGCGAGUUCUGUGGUGGUGAUAAUAUUAGUUGCCCCAAAAAUAAACAUGAAAAACACAAUUCCGAAUUAGAUUCAUCUAAUUUUAAUCAAAUACCAACGACUACGAAUGAACGCUCCAAUAGGAACUGUGACGAUAGUAAAGGAAGAGUAAAAUCAUCAGAUCCUAGCAGUACUAGUCAUAUGUAUGAAGUAGUUAAUGAUGUAUCAAGUGAUUUUCGAUUGUCAUCAACAACAAAAUCUAGUAUGCCAACAUCUACUAACGUCAAAAUUAAUGAAGUAGAUGUUAAUGGUGGAAAGUCAAGAAGUGUCGGUGAACUAUUGACUAACGGUAGUGAUCAUUAAUAACAUUCGCUAUGCCUUUUCCUCCCCCUUUUUGUCAAUUUAUGUUCUUUUUCUUAAAUCGUUUCUUUCUAAAUGUUAUAUAAUCAUCAAUUAACCGUUAGGAAAUUGCUUAUUUGAUAGUAUCUUCCAUGUUUUUGUAUUUUAUCAAGCUUCAAUUCCUUGUGCAAUGAUCUAUUUAUCUCAAACCAUUUUAAAAAGAUUUCCUCAUGUUCAGCGAAUAUCGUUCGCUUUCACGGACGAUUUAUUAUGUAAUGUUUUUUUCUUUAUAUUGUAUUUUUUUUUUAAAUUUCGACCUUCCAUUGUCUCAUGUAUAUGUAUGUAUAAGCUUUGAUUUAUCCUUUUCUUUUUUUCAAUGCGAAGAAAUGUAUAAGACGUCCUUGUAAAAUGUAACUUUUCGCUGUACGUGAUGUUUACUGAUUAAUACAUAAAUGACGGGUCCAGGUUAUUUAUAUACAUACAUUCUAUUGUUGCGUUUCAUUCUCUUUCAUCCUACUACCCUAUCGUCGUCAGUUGUGUUGUUAUUCAUUAUAUAUAUAUAUAUAUAUAUGUACUAACAUGACUGAUUCUGUAUUAAUGGUACACUUCGCUUGUUAUUUCUUUCAGUGUAUGUUGUUGUGUAAUCAACUAAAUAUCCUUAUACAGUAAAAAAAUUUCAAUUUGCAUUCAAUAUAUGUGCAUCUACUGUAAAUUUGACUAUUCUCAAUUAUGAAUCUAUUGUAUGCCGAUUCGAGUUGUAUUUAUACAUAUACAUAUUUUUUAAUAAUCUUCACUUCAUGUUAACCCUUUUUUUUUUAAUUCCUGAUGUCUGAUCAUCUUUGAAUUGUGUAUUCUUUUCUACAAUAAUAGUAUGUUUGUAUUUAGUUAUUUAUUAUAACUAUUAUUAUUAUUACCAUAUUGGUUGAAGUCAUUUUGUAGCAACUAUCUGUUUAAUCAAGCUUGUCUUUGUAUACAUUCUGUUCACUAUUUUAACUUUUGUUUGUUUCACCUAUGUGUGUGACAGUGUGUUAUUAUUGCUAUAGCCCCCCCCCUCCAAGUUCCUGAUACUUGUAAUAAUAUGUAUUUUUCACUGUUCUUUCACUACAAAAAAUUAAUCGUCUUCACAAAUACAAUGAAUACAUAUAUAUUCUCUAUUUAUCAUUUUGUUUUGUUUAUUAUUCUAUCCAAUCGUAACCAAAUUGUCAGUGUUGGACAUUAGUACCUUCAAUCUAAUUACAUAAUCUACUAAUUAUGUAUUUGUUAAGUAUAUAUUUUCUUUAUUUGCACAAUGAUUCGUGCUAAUUAAAGGCUUUUCGUUAUAUCUUGUUAGCUCAAGUUAUCUAGUUGAUUUCGCAUCAUUUUAGAUAUUUCAUUAGGCUAACAGAGAUUUGAUAUAAUUAAAAAAAACCCAACAACUACAACUAAAUGUUCACAAUUAGACAUUUGUAAAGUUAUCGUAGGUGCUUCGAUGGAUUUUUAACUUGGAUAUAUUUCGACGUAAUAGGAUUCAUUUGAAGGGGAACAAAAUCCUUUUGUUUUGCUUACUUAUGCCGUAUUAGUUGUAAAGCUACCUUUGGAGUCGUCAUGUACCUCGAUCUUUGACGACUAUCAUUUUGCUUUUAAAGUUUUCUGUGUUAAGUGUAUUAGCUCUCUAAGUAAAACUAGUUAUCGAUUGUCUUUUUGAUUGUAUUCAGAAUUCGUUUCCGUUGUAACGUAGAGAAAAUAAAAG